CAAACAGAACACUCAACAUGAAGCUGUUACUGAGCCUCCUUGGUGAGUUCCUUUCAGUCCCCUUAAAGAGAUUACAUACCAUUAUUUAUGUGUAUAGAUUAUCAUUGAUUGAUUGAUCGACAUAAUGAUCACUGGUGGUAUUUUUGGUUAUUUUAAUGAUUAAUGGUUAUUUAUUGUUUCAGUUGUUUCAACACUACCUCAAUGGGCUGUGCCACAAGGUAUGUAGUAAAUACACUACUCUCUGGCUGCAUUUACAGAGCAGCCCAAUUCUGAUCUUCUGACCAAAUAUUGGCAAAAUAUCUGAUCUGAUUGGUCAAAAAUACCAAUUAGUGGCAAAAGAUCAGAAUUGGCCUGCCUGUGUAAACGCAGCCUCUGAGAUUCAAAUCCUUCUCUUCAAACCAGUUUUGUCUUGUGUAAUGGCAACAUAUGAAAUACAGUAUGUAAAUUGUCUAUUUUCACGAGUUACGUAAUAGUUAUACACUGCUGAACAUUAGCUGUCUUUUGUAAUGUUAGGUGAUCAUGUAAAUAAGACUAAGUUGCCAUUUAUGCUUAGAAUGUAUGCUUAUUUCGUCCUCAAGUCUGACUCUAGUAGGCUGCGUUUACACAGGCAGCCCAAUUCUGAUAUUUUUUUCACUAAUUGGUCUUUUGAGCAAUCAGAUCAGCUCUGAAAAAGAUCUGAUGUGAAAAGAUCUUAUGUGAUUGGUCAAAAUACCAAUCUGUGGAAAACAAUAUCAGAAUUGGGCUGCCUGUGUAAACGCAGCCGUAGUAGUCUACUCAAAACAGCAGAAAGACUUACUUGUCAACAUUUCUUCGCAGUUCUGCCCACGAAGGCUCCGCAGACAGCCGUGGCUGAGCUAGUCAAGGGGGGACCCUGGAUCUUCUCAGGGGAGAGCGUGCGUCUGAAGUGCAGUGUUCCUGGGAAUGUGUCGGCCGAGUGGAGGUUCCAGUGGUUCAGGGGGGGAGAGCAGCUCCAGGAGUCUGAGUACUUUGUCCUGUGGAAGGCCAGGCCACAGCAGAGUGGGAAGUACUACUGCCAGGGUCUGAGAACCACAUGGAUAAGCACACAACACACCCUCCUCAGCCUGCCCAUAGAAAUAGUGGUGGACGGUAAGAGAAGCCCUAUGAAUAUUGUGCCAUGAUGACAUCUAUACUGAACAAAAAUAAAAACGCAACAUACUUUUACUGAGUUACAGUCCAUAUAAGGAAAUCAGUCAAUUUAAACAAAUUCAUUAGGCCCUAAUCUAUGGAUUUCACAUGACUGGGCAGAGGCAUAUGCCCAUUCACUUGGGAGCCAGGCCCAGUCAAUCAGAAUGAGUUUGUCCCCACAAAAGGGCUUUAUUACAGACAGAAAUACUCCUCAGUUUCAUAAUCUGUCUGGGUGGCUGGUCUCAGAUGAUCCCACAGGGGAAGAAGCCAGAUGUGGAGGUCCUGGGUUGGCGUGGUUACAUGUGGUCUGAGGUUGUGAGGCCAGUUGGACAUUCUGCCAAAUUCUCUAAAACGACGUUGGAGGCGGCUUAUGGUAAAGAAAUAAACAUUAAAUUCUCUGGCAACAGCUCUGGUGGACAUUCCUGCAGUCAGCAUGUCAAUUGCACGCUCCCUCAAUCUGUGGCAUUGUGUUGUGUGACAAAACUGCACAUUUUAGAGUGGCCUUUUAUUGUCCCCAGCACAAGGUACACCUGUAUAAUGAUAAUGCUGUUUAAUCAGGUUCUUGAUAUGCCACACCUGUCAGGUGGAUGGAUUAUCUUGCCAAAGGAGAAAUGUACAACAUUUAUGAGGACUUUUUGUGCAUAUGGAAAAUAUCAGGAAUUUUUUAUUUAAGCUCACGAAACAUGGGACCAACACUUUACAUGUUGCGUUUAUAUUUUUGUUCAGUAUAGUUUGGUUGACCUUCUGUUAGCAGUCUGUAUUAGCUAACUCCUUUCUUGUUGUCACGCCAAACGUGUGACAAUAGCAAAAGAAGCAGAAACAGACUGAUAACCAGGCUAAGUUACACCUGUCAACAGGCCAGACAAGGACUACACCCUCUCGUUAACUACAAUCACUUACCACUCUUUGCCCAGGUGGGUGGGCCAUCCUGCAGGCCCCGCCCCUGCCCAUGCUGGUUGGAGAGACAAUGACCCUGACGUGUCGUGUCCGUAACAACCCCAGACUGACAGAGGUCAUACUCUACAAGGACGGGGUGGAGCUUCAGAGACAGCCUGGCCCAGAGCUGCGUGUCACCAACCUUAACCUGCAACACGACGGAUCUUAUUGGUGCAGAGCAUCCUGGGAUGGGCGGAGGGAAACCAACUCUGUGAUCUCAGUGGCUACUCCAGUGUCCAUCAUAGGUGAGGUUGUGACAUAUGUGGUUUGUCAUUUUGAGUUUGUGUAGGGUGUGGAAUAAAAUUUCAAAUGAGAUUUGCCCUCAUCAUUCCAUUAUCAUCACUAUCAUAUCUAAUGGUAAUUGAAUACCAGUAGGUAUGUGAGCAAUAUUUUUCAGUAUUAAUGCUCUGUAUUCUCCCCUGCAGAGGUUCUGACAGAGCCCAUGUUGGAGAUUGUGCCCAAUGACCCUCUGACCCAUGAAGACCGUAUGCUCCUGGUGUGUCAUGUCCAACUGAACGCCCGUGAGCCAGUUCCACACAUCCACUACUACUUCUACCAGGAUGGGCUGAGGCUGGGGCCUGCCUCCUCCCAGGGCAGAGUCGCAGUAAUGAGGGACUCGGGCCGGUACUGGUGCAAAGCCAGCGUUCCUACUCUGGGGCUGAAGAGGCUCAGCGAGCCCGUACCUUAUGGGCGAGUAACAGGUGAACACUCAGAACAAAUGAGAAACCAGAAAAAAUAGUAGUGAUGCAGUCCUCUUUUAGGAUGCAUCAUAAUGCUGACCAGUGGCAUCAGUUCAGCUAAACCUAGGGUAUGGCAGGGUGGGGGGGACAGCUUCUCUCCGAGCGACGCUCCGCAUGGUCCUGAAGCCAGCCAACCAACACGCUAAACAGCCGUUGCAUUUUAAAUGGGAUUGGAAUGAUUUUAAAUGUUUGGUCUUGAGCUAGGGUACGGCGACUGCCAUACUCUGACAUACCCAACUGACACCCCUGAUGCUGACUCUGUGUUAACAGGGAUACAUCAGGGACCAUUUGUCUCUCUCCAGCCCAGAGCUCCAUCUAAUCCAGAUCCUAUGAAAAGACCUCCCCAGACCACCACUUCUAACCAGCCUUCUGAGCCCCCUACCUUCCCCGAUGUAUACGGUGAUUCUCCAAACACACUGGCCCCUGUUGUUGGUUCAGAUGAUGGGAGUGGAGGGACUUCUUUUAAACAAUACCAGAGCAAUGUACAUUAUCAGUUUCAGAAUUAGACCCUUUCGAAUCAACUUAGUUCCAUCCCCAAUUUACCCAUUCAUAUGCCUCCAGAAUGUACUUAUGUUUUAUCUACUUUAGUAAAAUAAUAAUUACUAAUUAAUACUAUAUUAUUUUGUCUUUUAUGUUGUGAAUGAAAAAAUGAAUUGUAUUUGCACUGUCAAUUGUAAGCUCAAUGCAAAUAAAUCCAGUCAAAGUCAAACAUUUUCUUAUUGAUUUUAUUUCAAAAGUGUACAAAAGAUCAUUUUCAAAAAGAUCAUAAUACAGCGAUACAAUGUACUGAUUAAUUUAACCUAACCUGGGAAACAUUAUGUGAUUAGUAUUCCUCAAAUAAUAAACAUUAAACUACUCCAGUGAUAUCAGUCUUACUGGCAUUAUUUUUCAUUCUACCAGAUUGACAGUCUUGUAAAGAUGUCUAUAUGUUGAUGGGUCUAUAGAGGGAGUAUGAUGAGAGAUGGGGUGAGUGCUGCAACUCAGAUCAUAUAGAGGUGUUUUACAGUCACUGGUACUGUGGUGGCACAGUGGGCUCCAUUGUCAUACAUUGUCUGUGUAGAGCAGGAGCCCAGAGGGGCUGGUCUGUGGGGUUCCGUAUGUGUAGUAUGGAAGAGUUCCAGUAGAGAUUGUUUAGGUUUUGUGGAGGUACAGUAGAGUUACAGUGUAGAUUGAAUUAGAUAUCAGAUCGUUUGUCAGGGCUUGUCAGCGUAGAGCAGGAAGCCAGAGAAGGUGCUGUCAUCCUCACUGCUGGCGUAGACUCCAUUCCAGUCCCUCAGUGUCUCUAGCCAUACCUGGUCCCCCGCCGACAGCUGCAGCAGCACCAGGCUGGAUGCCUGGUCGAUGUCCUGGCCGUACAGUGAGUCCCGCGUCCGCACCUUCCUCACCCCGUUGACUACCAGGGCGGCGCGCAGGGGCUUGUUCCGCACAGUGAUGUGGUAGGAGAACACGUAGACCCCCCCGUGGGCACAGGUGAAGCUGUUGGAGGAGGCGUUGAAGUGGUUCUCUCCGUUGUAGAAGACCUUGUCGAAGCGGACUGGGAAGCCCGAUGGAGGGAAGGACUUGCUGGGGGAGAGGCCCACACUGAAAGCUGAGCGUUUCUGAAUCACCCCGUUACC